AUGCAGGUCCCCAGCCCCAGCGUGCGCGAGGCGGCCUCCAUGUACGGCACAGCGGUGGCCGUCUUCCUGGUCAUCCUGGUGGCCGCACUGCAGGGCUCGGCACCCCCCGAGAGCCCCUUCCCCUACCGCAUCCCCCUGGACCCUGAGGGGACUCUGGAGCUGUCGUGGAAUGUCAGCUACGUGCAGGAGACUGUCCACUUCCAGCUCCUGGUGCGGGAGCUCAAGGCCGGCGUCCUGUUUGGGAUGUCGGACCGUGGCGAGCUGGAGGACGCCGACCUGGUCGUGCUCUGGACCGACGGGGACAGUGCCUACUUUGGGGACGCCUGGAGUGACCAGAACGGGCAGAUCCAUCUGGACGCCCAGCAGGAUUACCAGCUGCUGCGGGCACAGAGCACCCGGGAAGGCCUGUCCCUGCUGUUCAAGAGGCCCUUUGGCACCUGUGACCCCAAGGAUUACCUCAUCGAGGACGGCACCGUCCACUUGGUGUAUGGGAUCCUGGAGGAGCCGUUCCAGUCGCUGGAGGCCAUCAAUGUCUCCAGCCUGCAGACGGGGCUGCAGAGGGUGCAGCUGCUGAAGCCCAACAUCUCCAUCCCAGCCCUGCCCUCGGACAUGCGCACCAUGGAGAUCCGCGCCCCAGACGUCCUGGUCCCCGGCCAGGAAACCACGUACUGGUGCUACGUCGCCGAGCUCCCGGACGGCUUCCCUCGGCACCACGUCAUCAUGUACGAGCCCAUCGUCACCGAGGGCAAUGAGGCCCUGGUGCACCACAUGGAGGUCUUCCAGUGCGCAGCCGAGUUCGAGAGCUUCCCCCACUUCAGCGGGCCCUGCGACUCCAAGAUGAAGCCGGAGCGGCUCAACUACUGUCGCCACGUGCUGGCUGCCUGGGCCCUGGGCGCCAAGGCCUUUUACUACCCAGAGGAAGCCGGCCUUGCUUUCGGGGGCCCUGGGUCCUCCAGAUUUCUCCGCCUGGAAGUUCACUACCACAACCCGCUGAUGAUAAAAGGCCGGCGCGACUCCUCGGGCAUCCGCCUGUACUACACAGCCACGCUGCGGCGCUUCGAUGCGGGCAUCAUGGAGCUGGGCCUGGUGUACACGCCCGUGAUGGCCAUCCCCCCGCAGGAGACGGCCUUCGUCCUCACCGGCUACUGCACGGACAAGUGCACCCAGCUGGCUCUACCUCCUUCCGGAAUCCACAUCUUCGCCUCUCAACUCCACACGCACCUGACGGGCAGGAAGGUGGUCACGGUGCUGGCCCGGGACGGCCGCGAGAAGGAGGUUGUGAACAGGGACGACCACUACAGCCCGCACUUCCAGGAGAUCCGCAUGUUGAAGAAGGUCGUGUCUGUCCACCCGGGAGACGUGCUCAUCACUUCCUGCACAUACAACACGGGAGACAGGAAGCUGGCCACGGUGGGGGGCUUUGGGAUCCUGGAGGAGAUGUGUGUCAACUAUGUGCACUACUACCCCCUGACACAGCUGGAGCUCUGCAAGAGUGCCGUGGACCCUGGCUUCCUGCAGAAGUAUUUCCACCUUGUGAACAGGUUCAACAGCGAGGAAGUCUGCACCUGCCCUCAAGCCUCUGUCCCUGAGCAGUUUGCCUCUGUGCCCUGGAACUCCUUCAACCGCCAAGUGCUCAAGGCUCUGUACAGCUUUGCCCCCAUCUCCAUGCACUGCAACAAGUCCUCGGCUGUCCGCUUCCAGGGUGAGUGGAAUCUGCAGCCCCUUCCCGAGAUCAUCUCCAAGCUGGAAGAGCCCACCCGCCACUGCCCAGCCAGCCGGGGUCAGAGCCCCGCCGGCCCCACCAUGGUCAACAUCGGCGGGGGCAAAGGUUGAGCGGGUGUGGUCUCUUUGCUCCCCCCUCCACGCCAUCCCUGUGGGCUCACGCCAGCUCUGCGCACCCCCCUACUCUACAAAGACCCCCAUGGAGCAGCUCUGUGUGCCCAGGAUGAGGGGCUGGACCAAGCCACUGCCUGAGACUAGGGUCCAUUCCAGCA